GAGGGGUGAUUCAGAGAGACGAGCCAAAGGGGAAAAAAAAGAAGAAGAUCAACGGCGAUGUCAUCCAAUGUGAUUGCUUCACUGUCGCAGAGCUUUAGACAGGUUCCACCACCAGCUGUUCCUGCCUUUCUGGACUGUCUUUUGAGCUCAACAAGCGUAUCUCCUUCUACCCUCUACGGAUCACUCGUCGAAGACUUUCCCAAUCUCUUAGAGGACUCCAUAAAAGGGGAGAAGAAGUUUGACUCUGAUUGCUGCAACUAUGUCGCAUCAUUGGUGGCUGGGCUAUGUCAUCUACUGGAGAAGUUUGGAUCAGGAAAUGAUCAUAAUGGACUGCAGUUAUUUGUCGGGAGAGUCUUUAUCCCGCUAAUGGGGAUGGUCCGUGCAUAUGAUUCGGAAAUGCUUAACAAGAUUAUACGGUCUUUCUUUGAUGUAGUGAUUAGGACUAAUGCAUGGGAUAUGUUGCAAGCGAAUUUGGUGCAGUUUUUACUGAAAUCAGUUGGUGUUUCUGUUGGUAUGCUUCGACAUGGAGAAUCAGAUAUCAUCAAAUGGGGGGAGUUUCCAGUUACUGAUGGUCCAACUGAUGAAAAUGGCAUUUUAUCACAGUUUUGGUCCUUUCCACUUUCGCUGUCCUGCCAUCUCCUGACUGUGGCAUUUGAGGCUGCUUUUCAAAAUCUUCAAACAGAUUCUACGGCGGAAAAGUUUGCAGCUGAUUUGCUUUGGGAUUUGUGCAACAUGACUGAGCGAUUGUUGUUACUGAGUGCGGAGCAUCGUUCAUGCGCUGUUAGCUUUCUCCUCCCUGCUAUUUUCAAGGCAUUUGCUGCUCAGUGCUCAUUGCAGAUCUCACUUCAUGGAACAAUGUACAUACUUUCAAGGAAUAAUUUCAUCAAUAAAAUUUGGGAAUGCUGCAAAAAGCUUUUCUCGGUUGGAACUUUAGAGAGAAGGGAUGCCUAUAGUGUACUCUCUUUGUAUCUUCCUUCUGUCUGUUACAAGGAAGGAAAUGGGAGUCAUGUCUUAGAAGGAGAAGCUGUAGAAUUUGACUUGAGAUCUGAAAAAGAGUUUUGGGAUGAAAUCAAGAAAGGCUUGGUUGAUGAUGAGAGCUUGGUGAGGAAGCACUCAUUGCAUAUACUGAAAUCUGUUCUAGCCAUAAGUGAAGUGAACCAGGACCAUUCAAGCCAUCCAAAAAAGAAGUCCAAAAGAGAUUCAGCUCCUCGUGGUAUGACGAAGAGGGAGACAUGGGCCAAAAAGGAAGCCAAGUCACUUGGUGUCGGGAAGUUGUUUGGCUCAAUUGACUCUGGGUUGACGAGUCAGCAAGGAUGGGAAGCUUUUCUGCUUCUGUAUGAGAUGCUUGAGGAAUAUGGUACUCAUCUUGUUGAAGCAGCUUGGAGUAACCAGAUUGACUUGCUACUCAAGUCAUCUUUCCCUGGUGAUAGAUCCUUGAACUUCACAAGUGAGGGUUCUCAUCAACGUCACGUAGAGACUCCAGAUGAAGCAACUGGAAUUUCUAAUUGGUUAGAAGUUCUUUGGAAUCGGGGGUUUCGUCAUGAUAAUCCUAUAGUCAGGUGCAUGAUUAUGGAGUCAUUUCUAAAGGUUGAAUGGAGUAGAUAUGGAAGUCUCACGAGAUCAAUGCGCGAAAGCUUUGUUCUUGGUCCAUUCAUGGAGGGUUUGAACGAUCCCAUCCACCACAAAGAUUUUGGCCUUAAAGGAAUCUAUAGCUCAAGGACAAUUGAAGGUGCAGUUCGAUUUGUAUAUGUGUAUACAAGUUGCCUCAACCCAGAGCAUCAGAUGGGUUUUGUAAUCAAUUUGGCAUCUCUUGCAAAAAAGCAAUCUUUUGGUAGGGCUGGGUUAGUGGCUCUUGGGGAAUGUAUUGCUUCUUCAGCUGAUGUAGUUGGAGGAUACAGGAACAUGGAAAUGGAAAGUCCCAAAGAUGAACUUUCCAAGGGGUCCCAAGUUGAAUCUUGUAAUGGGCAUAUAAUUCAAGAUGAUAUAGCACGUUUACUGGAUGUCUUGAGGUUUGUUGCGGAGAGCAGCAAACAACAUUUCAAUCCUAAUUAUCGUGUUCGAGUGUAUCAGAAAAUGUUGGAAGCUGCUGCUUCAGUGGUGAAUCCUUGCAGUGUUCCUCUUGGCAUACUUCUGCAAUUUAUUUCAGCAUUUCCUCGGGAUUUCACUGAUUAUAAUGGUUCCUUACGGAGAGCCAUGCAAGAAUGGCUCUGGGGUUGCGGCAGAAAGCAUUCAAACUACACUAGUGAUGACUCUCGUGUUCUGGAAAGUCUUAAUGGGUAUCUGAAUGGAUUUGUUAGUAAUCGUGUCGAGAGUUUUGAUGAUGAAGACUUGGAUACGUGGGAAGUUCAAACAAAAAAAUGGGCGAGAGUACUUUUCCUCGUAAUCAAUGAUGAAGAAGAUCUUUCCCAUAUCCUGCUGUUCAUUCAAAACCAUGGGGUUAGCAUCUGCAAACAGCAAAACCAACUGGAGUGGUCGCCUGUAAAGUUUCUAAUCCUUAUUUUGGGUAUACUUAUGGAGCUUAAUAUUCUGCAAGAGGGAAUUACUGAGCUCUGUGCUAACGUAGAAGACAAGUCAAACAACGGCUUUAUAGAGAAAGCUGAAGGAUGGAUUAUUGCCAGAGCUCCAAUCAUUCAUGAAAAGUUUGUUGUUGUUUACUUAUCAAUCUUGGAGGACCUGAUAUCUUAUGCAGAUUCAUUAUGUUCAAUAUUCUCGUCUCACAUUGCCAUGGAGAAUGAGAAUCUGCCUGGUUCUGUAAGAGGGAAAUUAGGGGGACCAAGUCAGCGCCGACUGUCUAUUUCCACUACGACUGCUGUCUUGGGAGCUGUAACAUCUGUGAAAGCUAUUGCGUUGAUCUCAUCAUAUUGCAUUCAGUUCAAGAGUGGUGUUCAGCUCAAGUUUGCAUUGGCUUUCUUUUGGAAGUUCUUCCAGCAUACUAUUUCAUCUCAAAAGUGUAAUUCUGAGGUUUCGGCUGAGAUCUGCCUUGCUGCAUUUGAAGCACUAACUCCAGUACUGAACACAUUUGUUUCCUUGUGUUUAGCUGAAGCUUUUAAUCUUUUUGAAAACUACAACACAUUAUUAACUUUGGUAGAUGACAAAACUUGGUUAGAAGUCUUGGUCUCAUCAUUUCUUCAAAACAUUAAUGAUCUUCUUGCAACUGGAUUUUUGGUAAGGACUAGGCGGGCAGUCCUGCUGAACUGGAAGUGGCUUUGUGUGGAGUCUCUUUUAUCACUCAUGCAUUUUGUUCAGACUAGACAUAUUUCAGAGGAUAGGAGAUCGUUAUUCUCAGUUGACACAGUCAAAAGCAUCUUCAAUGAUAUUUUGGAAAGUCUUGAAAAUGCCGGGGAGUGUUCUGUUUUGCCUAUGCUGAGAUCUGUCCGGCUUUCUUUGGAGAUACUUGUCUCUGACAAAUCAGAUUGCAAUGAUUCCUCAUGUGUAGACAUCCAGAUGGUGUGGCGGUUGGUCAAUUCAUGUUGGAUACUGCAUAUCAGCUGCAACAAGAGACGGGUUGCACCCAUUGCUGCUCUCUUGUCAUCUGUCUUGAAUUCUUCUUUGUUUGGCAACAUGGACAUGCACAUAACUAAAGAUGGAUCAGGUCCUCUGAAAUGGUUUGUGGAGAAGGUUCUCGAGGAAGGCCAAAAAAGUCCCCGUACAAUCCGUCUAGCAGCAUUACAUCUAACAGGGCUCUGGCUCUUGUAUCCUAGAACUAUAAAGUACUACAUUAAAGAAUUGAGGCUUCUGACUCUAUACGGUUCUGUUGCAUUUGAUGAGGAUUUUGAAGCUGAAUUAUCUGACAAUAGUGAUGCAAGAACUGAAGUAUCAUUAUUGGCAAAAAGCCCAGACCCUGAGCUGACAGAAGUUUUUAUCAACACGGAGUUAUAUGCACGUGUCUCAAUUGCUGCUCUGUUUCACACACUGGCUGAUUUAGCUGAUACGGUUGAACCAGUCUGUCAUAAUAAAGAUUUCAAGGAUGCGCUUGAGUCUGGAAAAUUGUUUUUGUUGGAGCUUCUUGAUGCCGUGGUUCGUGACAAGGACCUUGCAAAGGAACUUUACAAGAAGUAUAGUGCUAUCCAUAGACGAAAAAUACGUGCUUGGCAGAUGAUAUGUAUUAUGUCACGAUUUGUCAGUGAUGACACCGUUGGCCAAGUUGCAGAGAGCUUGCAUCUAUGCUUAUAUAGAAACAACCUGCCUGCUGUUCGGCAAUACCUAGAAACCUUUGCCAUCAACAUUUACUUGAAAUUUCCAUCACUGGUUGAAGAGCAGUUGGUUCCUAUACUUAAAAAUUACGACAUGAAGCCUCAGGCUCUCUCAUCCUACGUCUUUAUAGCAGCCAAUGUCAUCCUCCAUUCACAGAAAGCAACUCAACAAAAGCAUCUGGAAGAACUACUCCCACCAAUAGUUCCAUUAUUAACCUCACAUCAUCAUAGCUUGCGUGGUUUUACACAGUUAUUAGUACAUCAAGUAUUGUUUAGACUGUUUCCACCUCUACAGUCGGCAUCCUCUCAAUCGUUGCCAUUAGAGAAUCGUUCUUUUGAAAAUUUGAAGUCAUACCUCGACAAGAAUCCUGACUGUGCAAGAUUACGAUCAUCAAUGGAAGGAUAUCUUGGUGCCUAUAAUCCCAGUACUGCUGCCACUCCUUCUGGCGUUUUUGUCAACCGAGUUGAGGAAAAUGACUUCGAAUGUGUUCCAACAUGCCUAAUGGACCAUGUGCUUUCUUUUCUGAAUAAUGUAAGGGAAGAUCUUCGAGUUUCCAUGGCAAAGGACGCAGACAUCAUUAAGACCGAAGGCUUAAAGAUUGAAGAAGAUUCCAACUGUACUGAGAGGAAGUCCACUUCUGCGGAAGAAAGGCUACCUGAACCAUUCACAGACCUUCCCCGGGAUUUCCAGAAAAAGAUUACCCUAUCCAAGCUCGAACAGCAAAAUGCUCGUUCUAGUUCCAUGCUAGCGCAUGAGGAAAGUUAUAAAAAGCUUAUGGAAAUGGAGAAGGAGGAUGAGCUUGUUAGUCAGCUCUUACGGUCUAGAAGCAUGGAAGUUGAACGGUUGAAAGCGGGUCGGCAGAGUUUAAUUGUUGUGGCUUCAUUUCUUGAUCGUAUACCUAAUCUUGCUGGACUAGCCCGUACAUGCGAGGUAUUCAAAGCAUCAGGUCUUGCUGUUGCAGACACAAGCAUAAUUAACGAUAAACAGUUCCAACUGAUAAGCGUGACGGCAGAAAAAUGGGUUCCAAUCAUCGAAGUUCCAGUUAACAGUUUGAAGCUGUAUUUGGAGAGAAAGAAACGAGAAGGGUUCGCAAUCUUGGGAUUGGAGCAGACAGCAAAUAGCAUUCCGCUGGACAAAUAUCAAUUUCCAACCAAGUCGGUGUUGGUGCUGGGGAGAGAAAAGGAGGGGAUACCAGUGGACAUAAUACAUGUAUUAGAUGCUUGUGUCGAGAUUCCACAGCUUGGAGUUGUGAGGUCACUCAAUGUUCACGUCAGUGCUGCCAUUGCCAUCUGGGAAUACACCCGACAGCAACGCUGUCCACCCCCCUAGUUGUCACUUUCUCUUGUCCAAAUGCCCAUACAUAAGAUGGGUGGUUUCUCCAUCGUCAUUCAUCAUUAACUUACAGAUUCAUCUGAUGCCUGUUUGCUAUUUGUACCAUAUUCUGCUCCCUUUCGUUUUGUUUCUUUUUAAUUUAUUGGAACCAAGAAUAAUUGCAUAUUGCUUUUCA